GGAAUUCUUACUAAUGGAAGUAAAGCAAACACAAAAAUAACAAAAUUCAGUUCAAAUCACAGGAUUUCGAGCAUCGCACUCGACAGAAUGUGGAAGGUUUUGUAGUGAUUGAAAUUUCGAAUUUAUUUUAUACAUUUAUUUUUUUUAGAUCCAGCCAUAAGUAGCUGCGAAGAACGCAACUGUGGACCCUGUCUGGCAGGAAGUGAGACAGCCAAAAUCAUGUUAUUUACCAAUAUCCCCUUACAUUCGCAUACCAGUGAUGAACUUGCUGCCAGAAGCGUCUGCGAGCAAGCUAAGCAACUAUAGACUCUGAUUGCGCUGCACCAGAAUCGCAGUGCCAGUUGCCGCAGACGUCCUGACACAUAACUGCAUCGCCAAGGUGAUACACAGCAUCAUCCAUGUGCAGCCAUCCAUGCCAAGACACAAUUAUUCAUACUGAUAUAUUCUGAGGUAGAAUUAACAUUUGCCAGCUGCCAGUAAUUCCCAGCGAAAUAUUUCAUCGUUAACGUGAGAUCAAGCUUUAUUGUCUAUACGAAUGGCACAAGCAAGUAAAGAAGCAGAAUUCAGGCUGUAUUACUGGCCAGGCUUCCCUGGUCGUGGUGAGUUUAUGCGGCUGUUGUUUGCUGAGACUCAGACGCCAUAUGUUGACGUGUUUGAAGGGAAAACCAAGGAAGAAGCGGUUAAAAUGGGCUAUGGCAAGGGCAAAAAGCAUUUUGCUUUCCCUGUCCUAGAACAUGGCGAUAUCUACAUCAGUCAAUCCUCAGUUAUUUGUCGUUAUCUUGGCAAGAAGUUAGAUGGCGGACGACUUUACCCCAAGAGCGAGAAAGAUCGUUUGCAAGCUGAGAUGAUUAUGGGGGGAGUUGAUGGUGUUGUCGAAGAAGGAUUACGAGCGUGGCACGCUAUCAAUACGAAUGCUAGUUAUUACGAACAGAAAGAAGCGACCCAGCCGUUUAUUGAGUAUUACAAAACGAAACGCCUUCCAAAGUGGCUCGAUUUCUUUGAAACACUCUUGAAGGAGAAUUUUAAGAAAACUGGCAAGUUAUUGUUUGUUGGAGACGAGUUAUCGUGGGUUGAUAUUUGCGUAUUUCAUGCUAUAGAUGGAAACCUUUUCGAGUGCCCUGAAGUGUUUGAGAAAGAGCCUACUGAGUAUGUAAAGAAAUUUCAUAAUGCUAUCCGGGAGAGACCAAAUAUAAAGGCAUGGCUCAAAUCUGACAAGCGGACCAAAUUCACUCACACAGGUCCAAUUGUGUAGACAUUAACACUAUAGUUGUGACGGUAUAUAGUUUCUUUGAUGUUAUAAUUGAAACUGAGAAACAGUGACAUCUGGCAAACGAUUCAAACCUUAAUACUGAAUAAGCUACUGAAAGAUAACUUUGAUUAUAUGGCGGACUGGUGGAUACAUUAGGAUUAACCAUUACUGCCAUUAGUGUGUUUAUUAUUUACUUCUACUAUAUUAUCACAAUUUUUGUAUAUUAUCACAAUAAUAAUUAUAAUGUUACUGUCAUUUUUGAAGCAGUUGUUCAUCAUACAAGGUUACUCGGAGCAUAGUUAGUAGAGGA